UGUUGUUAGCUUGACUGGAAGUCCCAAUAGAAAAAACGGGAUUAUUCAGUAAAACAAAUGCAUAAUUUAUGUAUCUGUCGCUACUCGAGAGUCUUCGUGGGGUUACGUGUUGUAGAUGUUUAUUUGUAACCGCAGUGAUUAUUUCUCCCCUCGGUAUAAAAUGUAGCUAGGCUGCAUUAGCAAAGCGAAUGGACUGUUAAGCUCCGUGAAGCUAAAGCUGCUAACAACACAGACCUCGUCGGUCUGAGGUAGACGCUGAUAAAGUUCGUGGUUUAAUACAACAAGACGAGUCCAUUCUCCGAACUGGUGAGACUGUGGGGAAGACGGGAUCAGGGGAUACUUCCUCUGCCUCGUAGUCCAGCCGAGGGCCGAGAGGCUGGGGAAUGAACCCAGAAACUGACCAGGGGGUCUCGCUUUGUUUUCUCAGUUCUCCUUUUUGGAUCGGGUGCUGAUUUGUGUCCGAUUCCAGUUUGAGGCGGCAAAACGGGAUGCGAAUGAGACCUUAAUCUACUACAACAUGUAGAAGGUUGAAAACAAGCAUUGUGAAAAGGAGAAUCCCAGGUCCAGUGAGGAUGACUGAGAUUAUGAAGGUUGAAGCUGAUGAACCUGGAGGGUUCGGCUUGGAAGCCCCCAUCCCUGCAGGUUCCACAUCAGAACUGGAGGAGGAAACACAAGACUGCAAAGAUCUCAUGUUCCCAGACCUUCAGAUUGUGGUGGUUAAAGAAGAACUUUGUGAUUCAUGGAGCUCCAGCUCUGACCAGCAGGACCCCGAGCCCCCCCACAUAAAGGAAGAAGAAGAGGAGCAGUGGAUCAGUCAGCAGAAAGAGCAGCUUAUUGUGAAGACUGAAUAUGAAGAGAAACCACAGUUAUCAGAUCUUCAUCAGAUGAAAACUGAAGGCAACACAGAGACUGAAGGCACGAGCAGCAGCUCAGCUGAACAGAUGGAAACAGAACCUGAUGGAGUCGACUGUGGAGGACCAGAACCAGACAGGAACCCAGAUCCACAGUGUUCGUCCCAACAAAUUAAGAUAACUGUUCACAAAAGAGGUAAAAGAUCUAAAAUUAGUUCCAAGCUUACAACUCAGAGUGAAGUCCAAGCAGGAGAAAGGCCAUUUGGUUGUGAUGUUUGUGGCAAAAGAUUCAAAUGUAGAAUUCAUGUUGAUUUCCACAUGAAGACUCACACUGCAAAGAGAGAGCAUAACUGUGAUUUUUGUGGUAAAGGAUUUCAAGACGACCAUUCCCUACAGACGCAUGUAAGGGUUCACACUGGAGAGAAACCUUUCGCUUGUGAUGAUUGUGGGAAAAGGUUUCAUGCAAAGAAUAUUCUUAAUAGUCACAUGAAAGUCCAUUCAGAAGAAACAUUUCCUUGUGAGGUUUGUGGCUCAAUAUUUAAAAGAAAAGAAAGCCUUAAAAAGCACAUGUGGACCCACACUUCACAGAGACCGUUUGUCUGUAGUGUUUGCAGUAAAGGGUUUUUGAAACAAGAUCAUCUAAAGGGCCACAUGCGUAUUCACACAGGAGAGAAGUCGUUCAUUUGCAGCUUCUGUAGCAAAGGGUUUUCACUGCAACACAAUCUGAAAAGACAUAUGGUUGUUCACACAGGAGAGAAACCACUGAUUUGUACUGUUUGCAGUAAAGGAUUUUCACAACAUUUAGAUCUGAAGAGGCACAUGCGUGUCCACACAGGAGAGAAACCCUUUGUUUGUAGCGUUUGCAGUAAAGAAUUUUCAAAUCCUGGAGGUCUGAAAAAGCAUAUGAAUUUUCACACCGCAGCGUUCAGCUGUAAUGACUGUAGUAAACAUUUUGUGGAUGAAAUGCAGCUGGAGCGACAUGCGAGAGUUCACAUAGAGGAGAGACCAUUUGCUUGUGACAUCUGCAAAAGCAGAUUUAAUCAUAAGUGUCACCUUAAAAAGCACAUGCGAGUCCAUUCGGGGGAGAAACCGUUUAUUUGUGGUGUUUGUAGUAAAGGAUUUACACUGCAGGAGAAUCUAAAGAGACACAUGCGCACUCACACAAGGGAGAAACCAUUUGAGUGUAGUGUUUGCGGUAAAGCAUUUUCGCAGCAUGGGAAUCUGAAAAGACACAUGGGUGUUCAUGAGGGCUGCCUCUCAUGAUUAUUGUGAUGGUUGACGAAUCACUCUGUAAUUUCCCAACAAGUCUUUAUUUAGCAGAUUGGGAGAAAGCUGCUGUCAUGGGAUUUUUCUGGAUGCAUCUCUGAUUCAACACCCUCAUCAUUGUGGCAUUCAGCUCCAGGCGUUUUGGAAAAGAGAUGCAAUUAAAUUAGGCACUCCGUCUCUACAGAAUGAUAUCAAUUCUUACAGUAAGUUGAGACAUGUUUUAAAAAAUAUAUUUGAAAAUACAAUUUUUCUGUAGCUGUAUUUUAAAUUAUGGUUAGGCAAAAUCCAUUUUUAAAAUCACAAUAAAUCAUUCAUUAAUACGAGAAAACACAAUAGGAGAUUCAGAGCCAAUUUCUGAUCUUUGGGUUCAGUAAAGUAUUUUAUGUGAACCCAUAAUCUAUUCAUGUCUUUCACUCAUUUUUUUUUUGUCUUAAGCAACUAGUGAUGGUGCUGUUGGUUAAAUCAUUGAUGUCCUUUGACUGUUUCUCCUUAAAAAGCCAGUUUGGUGAUCUUGUUCUUUGUUGCUUCUGUCUUUGGUCACAUUGUUCAUGUCUGUGUUUUGUUUUUUUAUUGUAUGAGAAUUGUUGUCAAUGUUCAACCAAUGAGUGAUGUUUAGUGCCUAACCAACCUGAAAGUUAAUCCUGGUUUCAAAGGCACCGCCUCUCUAUCAGAGCUGUGUUUUCAGAAAGUAACGGCUAUGCCUUGUAACUCUCUGUCAGCAUAAAUUAUUUACGUAACUACAAAACGUUUGGCUUAUUUUUGUUAAAAUAAGCACCAGACGUUACAAUGCUACAUGGAACUUGGUUCCCAAUAGUGUCUCUUUAAGGUAAAAUGAUCUGCAUAGUAAAGUAUGGGCACUAGAUGUUACCUCUUCAUUACUUCCUGCUGCCAGUUAUUCACUUUCUAACUCGCCUCUCUGAAAUAUUAGCUUUUAUUUAAUCUUGUAUAAAAACAUGUUGUCUUAAAAAGUUUAUAAAAAAUCAUGUUGCUAAAUACAUUGAAG